CCUUCAGUAAGGAUGGAGGACAACAGAAUUUCUGAACCAGAGGUGGUCCUUUAAAGACAAAAAGAUUACUUCAUUAAUUUUACAGACUUUGUAAUAAUGGAAAGUUUAGUUAAAGGUUGUGUGUGUCAUAUGGACAACCCACAGCAGUUAUAUAUACUCCACUCCCUUCAUUCUUCUUCUUCAUUCCUCACCAGCCUAUUCUUUUUCUUCUUUAACUCACCAGCUCCUGCAACACUCUCUUCCUUGCUCUCUAUCCAUUUGUUGGUUUUUUGUGUCACUUAGCAAAGAUGGGAGAGAAGGGUGCUGUCAAAAAUCGCCUUCACAACAACCUGGUUUUUGACCACCCCAUUGGCUUUGAUGACGAUGGCAGACUCAAGCGAACUGGAACUGUAUGGACGGCAAGUGCUCAUAUUAUUACGGCUGUGAUUGGUUCUGGCGUCCUGUCCCUGGCUUGGGCCACUGCUCAGCUUGGAUGGAUAGCUGGUCCAGCAGUUAUAUUUUUGUUCUCUUUUGUAACUUACUACACCUCUACUCUUCUUGCUGCUUGUUACCGCUGUGAUGACCCUGUUAAUGGCAAGAGAAACUAUACGUACAUGGAAGCUGUCAGAGCAAAUCUUGGUGGGUUUGAAGUGAAGAUAUGUGGGUGGGUUCAAUACUUGAACCUUUUUGGAGUUGCCAUUGGAUACACUAUUGCAUCAUCAAUUAGCAUGAUGGCUAUAAAAAGGUCUAAUUGCUUCCAUGCAAGCCGUGGCAAAAAUCCAUGUCAUAUGAAUAGCAACCCUUAUAUGAUUGGUUUUGGCAUUGCUGAAAUCAUUUUCUCUCAAAUUCCUGACUUUGAUCAAUUAUGGUGGCUUUCCAUUGUUGCUGCUGUCAUGUCCUUCACUUACUCAACAAUUGGACUUGGACUUGGAAUUGCUAAAGUAGCAGAGAAUGGAAAAAUUAGGGGAAGCCUGACUGGUAUAAGUGUUGGAACUGUUACUCAAACACAAAAAAUAUGGAGGAGCUUCCAGGCACUUGGAGACAUGGCUUUUGCCUAUUCUUAUUCCCUCAUACUCAUUGAAAUUCAGGACACACUUAAGGCUCCCCCAUCCGAAUCAAAGACGAUGAGCAAGGCAACUUUGUUAAGUGUUGGAGUGACAACACUUUUCUACAUGUUGUGUGGUUGCAUGGGCUAUGCUGCUUUCGGGGACUUGUCCCCCGGGAACCUUCUAACCGGUUUUGGAUUCUAUAACCCAUUCUGGCUCCUUGACAUUGCUAAUGCUGCCAUUGUAAUUCACCUUGUUGGUGCAUACCAAGUUUACUGCCAACCCCUUUUUGCCUUCAUUGAGAAAUCAGCAGCUAAAAGGUUUCCAGAUAGUGAAUUCAUAACCAAAGACAUCAAGAUCCCCAUUCCCGGCUUUCGCCCUUACAAUCUCAACCUCUUUCGUCUGGUUUGGAGGACAAUUUUUGUGAUGCUAACAACUUUGAUCUCCAUGCUUCUUCCCUUCUUUAAUGAUAUUGUUGGACUACUUGGGGCUAUUGGAUUCUGGCCACUCACAGUUUACUUCCCAGUAGAGAUGUACAUUUCUCAAAACAAGAUAGCAAAAUGGAGCACAAGAUGGCUUUGCCUCCAGAUUCUCAGCAUUGCUUGCCUUAGUAUCACAAUAGCAGCUGCUGCUGGUUCUAUUGCAGGGGUUAUUCUUGAUCUCAAGUCAUAUAAGCCCUUCUCCACCGCCUACUAGUUCAAGUUGAAUUGAGCUCAUAUCAGACAACUCAUGAUUGAACAGUUUAAAAAGCAAGGAAAAAUAAUCUUUAUAGGUUAAAAAAGUUCUACUUCAUGUUCAUCAAGCCAGAUUUGUUGUUGUUACUUACCACUACUGCUAAGCAGUUUCUUCUCUUCUUUUUUUCCCUGUAUUGUUCAACAAAAUGGGGUCAAUGUUCUACAAUUUGAACUUGUAACUUUCCCCAUCAGUCAUUGCAAAAUGAACAGCUUUGAGCAUAGAAUAGAAUAGAAUAGCAUGAACUUUUAUCAUACAAUUAAAGCUAGCAAUUUGAUAUGGA